AAUUGCUUUAAGCAUUGAAAUCCGUGUAAUACUCAGUUUAUUUUUUAAUUUUUUAUUUGUUUUAAAUAGUUACAGCAUAAAAUAAGAUAGAUGUAAUAAUUUUUCUCGAUGUCGUGUUGAUCGGCGCUUCAUCUAGUGAUGAUGACAAAUAUUCUAUCAUUGCGUUUUGUAUGAAUCUCUCAAUAGUUACAGUUUUUUUGUUUCACAUAGGUAUUUAUCCACUGAAAAUGCUUGGUGUCAAUUUUCUGUCAUGUGGAGAGCUUUUCUAUUCAGUUUCAUUCGGAGAAAAAUAGUACUGUGGGUAAUUUUUGGCUGCUCGCUAAUGUAUUGUAUUGUCAGUUUCCUAUUGAUUGUAAGUUUGUAAUUUUGAUGUAGGUAUCGUUUGUAGUUAAAAUAAUGUUUCAUAUUUUUAGCCACCCAGACGUUCGGAUAUAUGGCGUGUAUCGAAAAAACUGGACCACAGUUCUUUUGUUUGGAUUUCAGCCGAAGGAGAAUGGAACAGUUCAAUACCUCAAAGUUGCCGGAACACUAUACAAGGCAAAGAAUACAUUGCAGAUGACAGAGGUAUAGAUUCAAAUUAUGUACUUUUUUUUUUAUUAUUAUUUUAUUCGUUCCGUGCACUACCUAUAUGAUUUUAUUAUAAGGUAAGUAUCUAGAAUUAUAAUAAUACAUAAAAUAGAUACAAGAUAUUUCAUUCUAUGUGUCACUCUUAAAAAUUAUUGCCAAUUUAUUUUUCUGAUGUGGUAAUCAUUAUCAUUAUUAAAUUGUACAAAUAUUAUUGUUAAAUAAAAAUGUUAGUGAAUAAUUUUUAAAAUCAGUUUUAUAAACAACUGCUGUUGUGAAAUAAUAAAUUUAGAAUAUAAUUUUAAAUAAGUACAAAUGUAGGUAUUGAAAUCAGCAGGGAUAUGAGAUAGAAGAACCAAAUUGAUCAAUUAAUGAAAAAAAAAAUGUAGAAAUGAUGUAUCCAUUAAGAAUAACUAAGUUCUGAACAAACUAUUUUAAUUAAUUCAUAUACUUAUUUACAGUUUAACAUAGUUUAUGAUUUUAAAAUGGUUUAUUUAAAAUAGUAUUUCAUAAUAAUUACAUAAAUAUUGAUUAAAUUUUAAUAAAAAUGAUUAAGUAACUCUAAUCAAGUUUUAUACUGUUUUAAAUAUACACAAAUACAUGUUUAAUAGAAUUAAUAAUCAAAAAACAUUUAAAUAUAUAUAAAGAAUGUAUAGUAUUUUAUAAUAGGAUUAAAUAUUGUUUUAUAAUAUUUUUGUUAACACAAAUGAAAUUAGUCAAUGAAUUUGUAUUUUGUAAAUUAUUGCUUGGAAGAUAAAAAUUAUUCUUAAAAGCACGUUAUAUCCGCAUGCGCUGUCUCAUUCUAACUAAUGGGAAACAUAAGAAAAUUUACCUUACACAGAUUGCAUAGAACUCGCUUAGUUUUUGUUUUAGAAUUUAAAGCACCUAUUAUUAAAUUAAAAGAGAAUAAUAUUCUGGAAGUCAAGUUGAUACAUUUCUUUUUUUAAAUUCAUUUUUUGAAAUGUAAGUCAUUUAAAAAUGAUAAAAUAGUCUUUAUUUCUAAACAAUGUAUUGAACGUUAUAUUCAGAAUUAUAAUUAGAAUAAUAGCAAAAACACAUUGUCUUGCAUUUUAUAAUAGGUGAUUUUAUUCUAAAACCAAAAUGAAACAAGUUCUGCUCAGUUUGCGUAAGGUAGAUUACACUAAAUUGCUCAUUUGUUGGACUGAGAUAGCAUAUACAUGUGGGUAUACCCCUAUAGUUUUUGCAGUCCAUUACAUGUCCUUUUUUAAAUAUUGGGCACAGUAUUGAGACCUGUCAUGAUUUUGGCAUUGUUUCAUAAAAACAAAUGAAUAGGAUAAUGAAAUUUUGUACACAAUUUUUAAUCUUUACAAUCAGUAAACCAGAUAUAUUCAAUAAAUUAUUAUUUCAAGGUGCAUAGAUUCAAUUUAGUAAUUUAUUUUAACUAAAUAAGUUUAUAUUUUAGUUAACUAAUUUACUAUGUACCUAUUUAUAGUUGUUAGUGGUUAUUUUGUAGAAUAGAAAAAAAAAUAACUGAAACAUUGCUGGAAGAAGUGAAACAUAAAAUAUUGUGUAUUAUAUGGUGAAUAUAAUUAUUCAAAUAUUUAUUUUCAGGUUACAUCUGUCAAAGAAGCAAUCUGCUAGCAAACAAUUGUUGUGGGAUUACUGAAAACCGCUACAUAUGCGAUACAUGCAAUGUCGAUGGUUGUUGUGUGUUGUAUGAACACUGUGUGUCAUGUUGCCUCGAUCCCAAUAAGGUUCAUAAUAGUAUAUUAUAUUUAAACAAUUUUUAUAAAUAAAAUAAGAAAUUAUUGAUUUUUUCAGAGGAAACUACUACAAACAGUGUUAGGUAAAGCUUCAGAAACCUUUCGUGUACUAUUUUCAGUCAUCAACAAUCAAUUUGAACUUUGUUUGGCAAAAUGUCGAACGAGUUCGCAGAGCGUGCAACAUGAAAACACAUAUCUAAAACCGAACAAACAUUGUUAUACGACUGCGGACAAGGUACCUUGAUGAGGUCAGUAAUACGGUCAAGCUAAUAACUGACAUUGGACAAUAUUAUAAUGUAUUUUAUGUACUUGUGGGUGAAGAUUAAUAUGUUCAACAAUAUUGUAUUAUUCCAUUGUUAAUUGCGGAUGUGAAAUUCAAAAACCCUGCUGGUUAAUUUACAAGCAAAUACAUGUUUUUUUAGUUCAUUAGACGUUCAGCAAUUUAAUUAUUAGUCUUGUUUUGUAACCGAAAAUAAACUGUUUACUGAUAAUAUUUUUGUCAGUUGAUUACUUUUUCUAGUAAACAGUUUAGUAACUUUUGUAACCACCCAUUUCAAAUUGAUAAUAGGUUUACUGAUGUUCGGUUACAAAGUUAGAUUAAAAUUUACACACGUAAAUUGUGUGAUGAACUAAUUAAUCAUAAUUUUUCUUUUAACAAAAUUUGUAAUUUGUUGUUUAUAGUGUUUAUACAAGUGGUAGUUACAACAGAAAAUACUCUUUGUUUCAUUAAUUACAUAUAUUAACUAUCAUCUAUUUUGUUGUAUAAGUUCUGGUGAAACUUGUAGGAAAUCAAGUAAAUUGUAACAUUUUUUUUGAGUCAUACAGUAAUUAGUACUGAAAUCAUGUGUACCAAAUUUCAUAGAUCCACUUCUUCAACAUUAGCUGUCUGACGAAAAUGGUCAUUCCGAAUUACUAAACUUAAUAUAGUUAGAUUUUUUAGAUGAUGUACAGGUUUCAUACUGAGUCAUACAAUCAUAUUGUUAUUAAUAUUAUCAGAUUUUAUAAUAUGCAUUAAAAUUUAAAUCAGGGAUAGCUUUGUGAAACUUAACCUUACAAAAAAGUAUAGUAAAAUGUAUUUGAAAGCAUUCACCUGUGAUAUAAAAAUUACUAGAACUGAGGACUUCUAGGUUUUUCUAUUUGUCUAUAAAGGUCACAGAAUACUAUGGAUGGCAUACAAAUAUGUUUCAUAACCAACUAUAAGACCUACUAUGUUGCAUGGUUUAGAGUGUUGAACAGGUAGACAGAAAAGUAAAACAGGGAUGAGAAUGCUUAGGUGGAUGUAUAGAGUGACUAGAUAAGAUAAAGAAUGAGUACAUAAAAGGUAGCAUAAGCGUAGCUUUAGUAGUAGAUAAAAUAAGGUAAAAUAGCUGAUGGUUUGCACACAUGAGAGAAGAAUCAGAAGCACCACCGAAUGAUGUAAUGGAAAUAUACUUAGGGAAAAGGAGAGGGGAACAGGAAGACUGAAAAAAAGGUGAUUAAAUGUGAUUGGGACUGACACAAAGAUAGGAGGUAUAUGUAAGGAUGAUGUAGGAGUUCGAGUUAAGUGGAAGUUUAGAAUGAGGGUGGAUGACCCCAAAUAAUUGAACCUGAAGGAGAAGAAGAAGAUGAUUUUGCAUAUUUUGUAAUUAUUGCAUAUAAAUGUAAGUAUUUAAGUAUAUUAUACAAAUUAAGAGCAUACGAAGAAAAUGUUCCAAAUGUAUACCUAUAUUAUAUAAUAUUAUCAGUUAGUGAAUUCACACAUGGAAAUAUUGUAAGAAAUACGUUUUUGAAAGUAAUUAAAUUUCAAGUUUUUAUUAAUUAAAAGUUUUUAGAAUUUUUAUUUUUUAUAUAAAUAUUAUAAUUUAAGUACAAUAUUUUUUAUGUUAAAUUUUUUAGAGCAUAUUUUUUGUUUUAUAAGUGAAUACUAGUGAAUAAUAGUACAUAUAUAUUUUGAGGUUUCUAAGUACUAGAAGUUCUAACUAUAACUAAUAAUAAUAUUAGCAUAAUAAAUGCACAAAAAAUAAACAUUUUGUUUUUCAACUAUAAAUAUUUAGUUCAGUAACUAAAUUUAAAAAUUUGUAUAUUGCCCUUACAGUAACUGACUAUUAACUUGAAUAUAUAACUUAAUAAACUUAAUCACUAAACUGUUUAUAACACCAAAGCACAACAAUAAUUUUUAACAUUAUCUGAAAUGUAUAUAAAAAACUUUUUACUUAAGUUACGUGCUAAGUUAAAAUUAGUAAUUUACACUAAUAAUUUAAUUGAUUACUUUUUAACUUUUAAUUUAAUUAUAUAAUUAUUAAUAGCAUAGAUAAUUAAAUUGUUGGUAACAAAUAUUAACUAUUAUACCAUGUAUAUAUUGUACUAAUUUUGGUACCUAUAAUAGAAUUUAUUUUACAAUAAAUAUAUAUUUUAUACCUUUGUAAACGCAAAUAAAAUUACAACUUAUUUGUUAAAAAAAAAAAGUGAGACUGGACAUUGUAUAUAAUUUAUUGAAUAUUAAAUAAUUAUAUAGGUAAUUAAUAUCUUUUGUGAAUAUUAUAUUUUAUACAAAACAAAUAAUAAUGGUAAUUAUACUUGAUAAAUAAAAAUAAUAUUAAGUUAAUCAAAG